AGUGAGAAAAAAGAGGAUUUUAUGCUAUGUCAGGGCCUUUUUUGCCUAAUAAAACUCUUUACAAUGCGCAGAUGGAAUCCUUGAUUAAAGUCUUAAAUUUGAAUUCAAAUGAUAAAAAAGAAGAAUCUAAUAAUUAUGAUGAAUCUAUGUGUUUAACAGAAGAAAUUAUAUGGAAGAUCCUUAUUUUUGAUAAGCUCGGUCAGGAUAUUAUAUCUACGGUUCUUAAAGUAAAUGAUCUUCGAGAUCAUGGUGUUACUCUUUUUAUGCAAUUGAUGUCUGAAAGACAGCCAAUAUCGGGUGUUCCAGCAAUUUAUUUUAUAGAACCUACAUUAGAAAAUAUUCAAAAAAUAUCUCGGGAUUUAUCUAAUAAUUUGUAUGAUACAAUAUAUGUUAAUUUCUUGUCUUCUAUUCCUCGCUCGCUUUUGGAGGAUUUUGCUUCUAUCACAUCAUCACAAAACACAACAGAAAUGGUAUCUCAAGUAUAUGAUCAGUAUCUUAAUUUUGUUGUUCUUGAUCAAGAUUUAUUUAGUUUAUGUCUUCCGAAUACAUAUUAUACGUUUAAUCAUCAUUCUGUUUCAGAAUCAGCUAUAGAAGAAAUUGUUGAUAAAAUUUCUACUGGUAUUCUUUCAGUGUUGAUUACAUUGGGUGUAGUUCCCAUUAUUCGGUGUCCAUCGAAUAAUGCUUCUGAAAUGAUUGCUCAAAAAUUGAGUCGUCGAUUACGUGAUUAUAUUUUAAAUACUAAAAGUAAUACCGUUUUCAACUCGUCAUCUUCUUCUUGUUAUCGUAGACCAGUUUUGAUUAUCUUGGACCGUACAAUUGAUCUUAUUCCUAUGCUUAGUCAUUCCUGGACUUAUCAAUCACUUAUUAAUGAUGUUUUUGAAAUGAAAUUAAAUAGAAUAGCUGUUAAUGUUAUAGAAUCUGAUAAAAAGACGACUAGGAAAAAUUAUGAUAUUUAUCCUCAUGAUUUUUUUUGGGAAAAAAACUCAAAUACUCCAUUUCCUCAAGUAGCAGAGAAUAUUGAUUUGGAACUUACUCGUUAUAAAAAUGAUGCGAAUGAGAUUUCUAAAAAAACAGGUUUAGAUAUUGCAGAUUUCGAUAAUUCAAGUAAAUCAGAGAACCUUAAAAUAGCUAUGACAGCUCUACCAGAACUUACAUCUCGAAAACAAAUCCUUGAUAUGCAUAUGAAUAUUGCUACUGCUUUAUUAAAGGCUAUUAAAGAACGUCAAUUAGACAAUUGUUAUGAAAUAGAGGAAUCGAUUACACGUCAGACAAAAUCUAACAUUCUUGAAAUAAUAAAUGAUCCACAAAAAAAGGCAGAAGAUAAACUAAGGAUUUUUAUAAUUUAUUAUCUUAGUGUUGAAAAUAUUAGCAAAGUUGAUAUGUUUGAAUAUGAAGAUGCAUUAAAGAAAGUAAAUUGCGAUCUUAAACCUUUAAGUUAUAUUAAAAAGGUGAGAGAGAUUACAAAAAUGACUACAAUGAUAUCUCCUCCAAUACAAAAUUCUGGUACUUCUUCACAUACAGGUGAUAACCUUUUUCGAGGAUUGAAUUCUCUUAGCAGUAUACUUACGGAAAAACUUAAGGACGGAGCUAUUACAGGGGGGUUAGAAAAUCUCAUAUCUGGAGUUAGAAAUUUUUUACCAUCUUACAAAGAUUUUACUAUAACAAAGAUAGUAGAAAGUUUAAUGGAGCCUACUUCAUCAAAUAUUAGCAGAACUGAGGAUUAUCUUUACUUUGACCCGCAAAAUCAUCAAGUUCAACAAAAUCCUAUUCGCAGACAACAGUUUAAUGAAGCAAUUGUAUUUAUGGUUGGAGGAGGGAAUUAUCUUGAAUAUGGGAACUUACUUGACUGGGCAGCGCGAUAUCCCGGAACAAAAAAACGAAUUAUAUAUGGUUCUUCUGAAUUAUUAUCUCCAAGUGCUUUUUUGAAUGAAUUAAGUCGAUUAUUUUCAUAAAUUUUAUUAGUUCUAAAAAUUAUCAAUUAAUCUAUGUAUGUAAAUUAUAUAAUAACCCGAUUAACCUCCUA